AUGUCACAAAUCCCACUCAUAGCCGUUCCAGGCCAACUCCUCGGUCCCAGUACCGAAUACCUGCCAGGUCCAGGUACACACAUCCAUUCUUCGAAUCUGUAUGCCUCGAUCCUUGGACCCAUCACAACGAUUGCGCCGCCCAAACCCAGCUUCCCUCAAAAACGAGCCACGAAGAUUACACCUGCGGCCCCCGUGCCUCUCUCUACUAUUUCGAUUGAAAGAGCUACUUUUACUGGAGAUAAAGCGGAGAUUUUACCAGAGGUCAAUAGUCUGGUUUUAUGUCGCGUUACGAGGAUUCAGCAGCGUCAGGCAACGGUUGCGAUAAUGGUUGUGGGGGAGACGGUUUUAGAGGGGGAGUGGCAGGGCUUGAUUCGAGUGCAGGAUGUGAGGGCUACGGAAAAGGAUAAGGUCAAGAUUUUUGAGAGUUUUAGACCGGGGGAUAUUGUGAGGGCUGUGGUGAUUUCAUUGGGUGAUCAACAGAAUUAUUAUCUUAGUACGGCGAGGAAUGAGUUGGGAGUUAUUAUGGCGACGAGUGAGACGGGCAAUGCGAUGUAUCCGGUUAGUUGGAAGGAAUAUAAAGAUCCGGAGACGGGGGCGAGUGAGAGUAGAAAGGUUGCGAAACCAUUUUAG